GCCAAAGUGGAAUUUGGGCCGAGUUUUCUUCUCCCCCCCAACAGCCUGAAAACCACGCAGAGUUUCCAGUGUGUUUGUAAACGGCAGGAUUUUUGAUACUUUUAGUGCAGAAGAAUGGAGUUUUGAGAGCGCAGGCGAUGAAGGUUCGAGCUUAAACCUGCGUUGUAAACUUUGGAUGGAGUUUGUUGCGUCGCCCGGUCCAAACUAAGCACCGAGGCACUGAGGGGGGGAUCGGAAUUUACCGGUGAACAGGCUGGGAGGGGAAAAACGAUUGGCAAAACUCAAAGAACAACAACAAAAAAGGACGUUUUUAAACUUUUUUUUAGAGACUCCUUAAACCUCCUCCUCCUUUUCUUCCUUCUAUCUGGGCUUCAGACAUGGCGAAAAAAUACGAUUUCCUCUUUAAACUGCUGUUGAUCGGGGACAGCGGAGUGGGUAAAACGUGCCUCAUCAUCCGUUUUGCUGAGGACAAUUUCAACUCCACAUACAUCUCCACCAUCGGCAUUGACUUUAAAGUAAAAACAAUUGAAGUGGAUGGAAAGAAAGUGAAACUACAGGUCUGGGACACAGCAGGACAGGAGAGGUUCAAGACCAUCACUACUGCCUACUACAGGGGAGCCAUGGGCAUCAUCUUGGUUUACGACAUCACUGAUGAGAAAUCCUUUGAAAACAUCCAAAACUGGAUGAAGAGCAUCAAGGAAAAUGCAUCUGCUGGGGUCAGUCAGAUGCUUAUAGGAAAUAAAUGCGACAUUGAGCCAAAACGGAAAGUGUCCAAAGAGACGGGAGAGCAGCUGGCAAAGAGUCACGGCAUCAGGUUCUUCGAGACCAGUGCAAAGUCCAGCAUUAAUGUGGAAGAGUCUUUUCUAGCUUUGGCACGAGACAUACUGCAUAAAUCCACCAAGAAGCCGGGUUCAGCGGGAAAAGAGGUGAAAAUCACCAGCAGUACAGAGAAACCGCCCUCAAAGUGUGCCAUUCUCUAGAAGUGACAUAUAUAUGCCACAGACGUUUAAGAGCACCGUGGAAAAAUGCAAAGGCUUUCUGUCUCCAUCUGCUGGCCAAAACUGGUCCAAUACGUUCAAGUGCUGAGAGUUUGUCUGUUUUUAUAUCCAAACUGUUGUUUAGUCCACAAGAAUUUUAGCGUGCCCAGAUUAAUUUAUUAUUCCGAGACAUUUUGUUUUUGUGAUUGUUGCCUCAAAAACAUGCUGAAAGUGUCCAAAUGCCUGAACUCAACAUGUUCCAUGUGUCCAAUCUAAUUCUUGGUAGCUUAUUUCCACACUCAUUAUAAUUCCUGCACUGGCACUGUUGUAAUAUUAUCAUUUAUUCAUCUGAGCACAUGCUGUAGCAGCUUUCAGGAGUUUAUAUUUCCUGAAAAUUAAAACAUUUCAGAUCAAAGACUUUUUAAAAUGAUUUUCUACCAUUUUAUGUUAAGGUCCAAGUGCCCAAAUUCCAGUCAAAUAUGUUUAGGUAUUUUAAAUGUUGGAGCAGAUGAUUAGAAUAGAAAUGUCUUUAGUUAUUGGUUUAGUUUUUGGUCAGAUUUUACAUAAAUAUAUAAAUAAUGCUUAUAAAUGGCUGUACAUUUGACUUUCAGCGAUUUAUUGAAAUCAUUCAUUUUUUGGGGGACGGGGUGGAAAAAAAACACCCCAAAAAUUUCAUAAUUUCUAAGAACAAGAAUCAUGGGAAAAGUUUACAUUCAUAUAUAUAUAUGAGGUCUCCUGUUCUUGUUUUAAAAUGUGGGUUGUAAUCAUUCCAACGUGAGGAGGAAAAAUGUCUUAAAUUUGUCAUUGAAGUCCCAGAGAUAACUAGGAAAUUCUUGACAUUCUGACAUUUUGUUUUCUAUAAAUGUGUCAUGCAAAUACAUUGUAUAACUAUUAAGGAUUCCCAAGUUGGCAUUGUUUACUCCCUGAAAAGUAGAUGACAGGACAAGUCAUCUGCUCCAUUUAACAGUCAACAAGAGUGUGUCAUUAAAUGUUAAAGCUCCUGAUGACGUCCUGUUUUCCUCCUCUAGAGAAUUUUUUAAAUAUCUCUCUAUAAUAAUGAAUCCCACAAAUGGGAUCUAAACAAGCCAUUUGUCAAACAAUCCUUGAUUUACCAGCUGGAUGAGGAAUGUAGACAACAUCAAGCAGAGAUCCAGAAGUGCAAUCUGAGAAGCUGAGGGAAGAGAUGGAGGAAGGAUGGGUGUUCGUAAGUAAAAGGACGGGAUGUGAGAGAUGAGGAAACAGCAGAGCAUGCAUGCCUCUCGCACUGAAUUGAUUGAAUUGGGCUUGCCUUUUAUCUGAAGUGCCUGAACCUUACCGCACAUUAGCUUCAUCAGACGUGACUGUCUCCGAGCUCAUGCAGUUUUUCAAAUGCUGAAACUCAUUCCCACUGCAGGUGUUAAUCAUGGCAGCUUUGUUUUCUGCUUACAGACCAGAGCUCUUGAAAACCAGAUUUUUAUUUGCAAAAAAAUUGUCAUAUUUGUUACACUUUUAUUGUUUUGCAUCUGCCAUUGUAAGGCCUUUACAGACCCUAUUCUUUAUUAAUAAAAGUCAACUACUAUAAAUGUG